UGCGCGCAAUAUUGAGGUUAUGUUGGAUUUUGAUUCAAGUGAGCGUCUUUUUAUUUUCCCCGUGAAAAAUUAAGAAUUUGCCUGAAAAAUGUCGUGCAUUGUGUGUAAGAUGGAAGAAGAUGAUGAAACGGUUUAUGGAGAAAUGAAGACCCACUCAGGCAUUACUUGCCAUCACUUUUGCUUGCUCUUCAGUGAGUUCAUUCCGCAGCGUGGGAAGGAUGAUGAGGGUAUUGAUGGAUUCCUGUGCAAGGAUAUUCAGAAUGGAGCGAAGAAAGCCCAAAAGAUUGUUUGCUCAUUCUGCAAGAAGCCCUUUGCACAACUGAAAUGCGCCUACGUGGGAUGCAAGACAACGUAUCAUUUCAUCUGUGGCAUUGACAAUGAUUGUUUGAUGAACUUCAAGGAGAUGAAGACAUAUUGCAACCAACAUACUGGAAUGCCGCAGAAUCCACCCGAAGGGUAUGAUGAAGAACGAUUCUGUUCAAUAUGUUUCGAACCAAUUGGUCCAUAUCAUCCACUCAAAUGCAUUCAAAGUCACUGCAAGGAGAAAGUUUGGAUGCACAGCUCAUGCCUCAGACCCUUUGCACUGGAGGCUGGAUAUGGAUUUAAAUGCCUUCUGUGUAGGAGCCCCGAUUUCCGGGAGAAUGUGAUGCAGAAGGGAAUUUAUGUGCCAAACAGGGAUAUUCAGUGGAUGCUGAAUCAAUGCGAAGGACGAUCACAGGAUCCAUCGGCACCCCUACAAAUAUGCGGUGCUAAAGUUUGCAAAUCAUCAAAAGGACGGGUUCUUGAUGCAGAUGAAGCAGUCGGAGGAAUAUGUGGGAAAUGCCAUCGUCCCUUUCAUGGAGGCUGUGUGCAGACAUCAGGACAUGAGGAAGGGGGGAAAUUCACUUGUUUUGACUGCGAUGAGCGGGAAUUGGAGGCUCCUGAGGAGGUGGAGGUGGAGGAGAAGAAUCAGGAAUUUGUUCCGAUGCCUGGGAACAAGAGGAUGAAGAUUAAAAAGUACGUGGCGGACGUUCAUUCCGAUCGGGAGAAGGUUGUCACGGAUGAAGCUGUAAGUCAACCUGGUUUCCAUCAUGGCCCCAGGCAGGCAAAACACGCCCAGUUCCGCCUGAACUACUUCCUCAAUUCAUUUUAAUUGUAUCAAUUUGGAUUAGUUUAGUUACAUUUUGUGACUUUUGUGAUUUAAAAUAACUUUAAAAAUAAACGAACUGAAUUCUGAUUAA